AUGCAUCAGGUGAGCGGAGAAGUGAGUUACAAUGGGUAUGAGCUUGGUGAAUUUGUGCCAAGGAAGACAUCAGCAUACGUAAGCCAGAAUGAUGUUCAUACAGGAGUGUUAACUGUUAGGGAAACUCUGGAUUUCUCAGCAAGGUUUCAAGGGGUGGGCUCCAGAUUUGCACUAUUAACUGAGCUUGUGAGGAGGGAGAUGGAGGCUGGGAUAGUCCCAGAUGCAGAUGUGGACCUUUUCAUGAAGGCAACUGCAGUGGAAGGAGCUGAGAAUAGUCUAAUGACUGAUUAUGUUUUGAGAAUAUUGGGACUUGAUAAAUGCGAGGACACAAUCGUUGGAGACCAGAUGAUGCGAGGGAUUUCUGGUGGUGAGAAAAAACGAUUAACGACAGGGGAGAUGAUAGUUGGACCGUCAAAGACCUUAUUCAUGGAUGAGAUAUCAACGGGUCUGGAUAGCUCUACAACUUUUCAGAUUGUGAGGUGCUUGCAGCAGAUAGCUCAUCUCACUAAGGCUACCAUAUUUGUAUCCCUACUCCAGCCUGAUCCUGAGACAUUUGAUCUCUUUGAUGACGUUGUCCUCCUAUCUGAAGGACAGAUUGUGUACCAGGGGCCACGGGAGCACAUACUAGAUUUCUUUGAGAGAUGCGGGUUCAAGUGCCCUGAGAGAAAGGGCACUGCUGACUUCUUACAAGAGGUUACAUCAAAGAAAGAUCAAGAGCAGUACUGGGCUGAUAGUGGCAAAGCAUACCAUUAUGUAGCUGUUGGUGAAUUUUCAACCAGGUUUAAGGAUUUUCAUGUGGGAUUGAAGCUUGCUGAUGAUCUCUCUGUCCCAUAUGACAAGAGCCAAAAUCAUGAAUCAGCUCUUGUCUUCACAAAAAGCUCAGUUCCAAAAAUGGAGCUUUUGAAAGCCUCUUUUGACAAAGAGUGGAUCAUGAUCAAGAGAAUCGCUUUUGUUUAUGUCUUCAAGACCAUUCAAAUUACAGUUGUUGCAUUAGUCUUAUCUACAAUGUUCUUGAGGACAACACUUGACAUCAAUUAUGAUGAUGGGCUACUCUAUGUUGGUGCAAUAAUAUUUUCUAUAAUCAUCAACAUGUUCAAUGGAUUCGCUGAGUUGUCAGUGACGAUGACAAGGCUUCCCGUGUUCUACAAGCAAAGGGAUCUUUUAUUCUAUCCAGCAUGGGUUUUCACUCUCCCAAAUGUUCUGCUCAGGAUACCUUUAUCUCUUUUAGAAUCUAUAGUAUGGAUGAUAAUUUCGUAUUUCACUAUUGGAUAUGCACCGGAAGCUAACAGGUUUUUCAAGCAGCUGCUAUUAAUAUUUUUAAUCCAACAAAUGGCUUGCGGGAUAUUAAGGCUAAUUGCAGGAGUAUGCAGGACUAUGAUCGUUGCUCACACUGGGGGAGCACUUUCUUUGCUCCUUUUAUUUCUUCUAGGAGGAUUUAUCAUCCCAAAAGGCGAGCUUCCUACGUGGUGGAAAUGGGGCAACUGGGUGUCACCUCUGGCAUAUGGUUUCAAGGCUAUGACAGUCAAUGAGAUGCUUUCUCUAAGAUGGAUGAACAAAAUGGCAUCAGACAAUGUGACACGAUUGGGAGUGGCAGUACUAGAGAGCUUCAAUGUCUCACCCAGGAGCAGCUGGUGUUGGAUUGGGGUUAUGGCCCUUUUCGGGUUUACUAUCCUCUUCAACCUCCUGUUCACCUUAUCGCUCAUGUACCUAAAUCACCUUGGAAAGCCACAAGCUAUAAUAUCUGAUGAAACUGCAAAUGAUGCGGCAUUCGACCAAGAAGUAAAGGAAAAACAACAAGAACAUGAAACAAGAAGGUUGGAGGGACAGACAUCAACUCAUGGAAACAAUAUAGGAGUAGCAAUGGAAAAAAUGAGAGCGCAAUCAAAUGAAAAAAGGACUAGCACUGAUUCAACAAAUGAGGUUGCUCUGAAGAGAGGAAUGAUUCUUCCAUUUAUGCCUCUAUCCAUGUCAUUCAACAACAUCAAUUACUAUGUGGACAUGCCCUUGGAAAUGAAGAAACAAGGAGCUGAGGGAGAAGAUAGAUUACAGCUGCUAAGAGAAGUGACUGGGGCAUUCAAGCCUGGGGUCUUGACUGCAUUAAUGGGAGUUAGUGGAGCAGGAAAGACAACACUGAUGGAUGUUCUAGCAGGAAGAAAAACAGGUGGUUAUAUUGAAGGGGAUAUUAGAAUCUGUGGGUUCCCAAAGAAACAAGAAACGUUUGCAAGAAUUUCUGGUUAUUGUGAACAGAAUGACAUCCACUCUCCCCAGGUCACAGUUUACGAAUCACUACUUUAUUCUGCUUUUCUGCGGCUCCCAAAAGAAGUCAGCGACAAAGAAAAGAUGAUUUUUGUGGAUGAAGUCAUGGAGUUAAUUGAGCUGAAUGUUCUCAAAAAUGCAAUAGUUGGGCUCCCAGGGAUUACAGGUUUGUCAACCGAACAAAGGAAGAGAUUGACUAUAGCAGUGGAGCUUGUUGCAAAUCCUUCAAUCAUAUUUAUGGAUGAACCGACAUCGGGUCUUGAUGCAAGGGCAGCAGCCAUUGUCAUGAGGACCGUGAGAAACACAGUGGAUACUGGAAGAACUGUUGUCUGCACAAUUCACCAGCCUAGUAUUGACAUCUUUGAAAGCUUUGAUGAGUUGCUACUGUUGAAAAGGGGAGGACAAGUCAUCUAUUCAGGACCAUUGGGCCAAAAUUCUCGCAAGAUUAUUGAAUACUUUGAGGCAAUUCCUGGAGUCCCAAGAAUUAGAGAAAAAUACAAUCCAGCUACAUGGAUGCUAGAAGCUAGCUCAGUAGCAGCAGAAGUCCGUACUGCCAUUGAUUUUGCUGAACAUUACAAAUCAUCCACCUUGCACCUGCGAAACAAGGAUUUGGUAGAGGAGUUGAGUACACCAACACAAGGAGCAAAAGAACUUUACUUUCCUACACGGUACUCUCAGUCGACUUGGGGACAAUUCAAGUCCUGCUUUUGGAAACAAUGGUGGACUUACUGGAGAAGUCCCAAUUAUAACCUUGUGCGGUACACUUUCACCUUAUUUGCAGCUCUUAUACUUGGCACUAUAUUUUGGCAGGUUGGCAGUAAAAGGGAGAAUGCAACUGACCUAACAAUGAUCAUUGGGGCAAUGUAUGUUUCUGUGUUGUUUAUUGGAAUCAACAAUUGUUCAACUGUGCAGCCUGUUGUAGCCAUUGAACGAACAGUAUUCUAUCGAGAAAGAGCUGCUGGGAUGUACUCCGCAUUUCCAUAUGCCAUGGCACAGGUUAUCUGUGAAAUACCAUAUGUCUUUAUUCAAACCGCGUACUAUUCACUAAUGGUGUAUGCAUUGCUGAGCUUUCAAUGGACAUUAGCAAAGUUUUGUUGGUUCUUCUUCAUCUUGUUCUUCUCCUUUCUCUACUUCACAUACUAUGGGAUGAUGAUGGUUUCGAUCACACCAAGCCAUGAAGUGGCUUCUAUCCUCGCAUCAGCCUUCUAUGCGUUCUUCACCCUCUUCUCCGGCUUCUUUAUCCCCAAACCAAGAAUUCCCAAGUGGUGGACAUGGUAUUACUGGGUUUGCCCACUGGCAUGGACUGUUUAUGGACUCAUCGUUUCACAAUAUGGUGACCUAAAGGACACAAUCAAAGUACCUGGGGUUGAACCUGAUCCGAGCAUCAAAUGGUAUGUGGAGAACCAUUUUGGGUAUAACCUGAAUUUCAUGGGACCUGUUGCUGGAGUUUUGGUGGGCUUCACUGUGGUCUUUGCCCUCAUAUUUGCAUUCUGCAUUAUGAAAUUAAACUUCCAACGGAGGUAGCUGCGAGGAAAAAAUUGUAAUUUUAGAUAUCUACAGAUUGUGCAAUGAUAGAUUCAUUCUUUUAGCUUUGUUCAAAAUGAAUAGUUAUUGAUUAUGGAAUGUAAAAAUUGAAAUAAUAUAUUGAUUAUUAGACUUUCAUUUUUGUUCAAGAACAACGUAUGGACAUGUUAUGAAAUUAUGAUAUGCACAUAUUAUGAAUUGAUUGCUCUUUGUUGAA